AUGUCUUGGUACUCGUUGGCUGUGCCCUAUUGGUUAUUCUCCCCUGCCAUGAACAUCUCACAUCUCACAAAAGCUCGAACUCUCCAUUCUUCCGUCUCGCACGAUCGGUUUUUGGUCAAGUCUGUAUCACAAAGUUCCGAAGACUCUGAGGACGUGCACUAUACCCGCGAGCUUGCCAAAUCUCUCUCCAUCCUGCCUUUACCCAUUCGAACGAAGCCCUACCAUGCCCUAGGAAGAGUGUGGGCUGGGGCGUGGCUGAUGCCCUCCAUGCUGGCACGCGAUCUCCGACCGUCGCGGCGCCUGUCUACACCCCCGUUCUCAUGCGUUAACCCGAUAGCGAGCUAUAACGGUCUACCGCGCUCAGCGGGCGCGUACGAUCCACCGCUCGGUACCUAUCCAACGUACACUGGGUUCGCUGCCCUGUGGACAUGCGAGGGCCACGGCAAUGCCUCCCAGAGACGCGUGUCAAACAAGCUAUCGCGACGACCCGCAUCGGCAGCCGGGUGCACUACCCGGGAACGCACCCUUCCGUCGCUCGCCCGUGGGUGGUCUGCCUGGACGUCGGCUUCGAGGACGCGGUCUGGGCUGGGCGCGUGCAUUGACACUUACGGGCGCCGGCGGAUGAGGAGAACAAGCAUGCAGCACAGGCGUCCGUGUCCCGUAUAUUCAUGGACGUCCUCCCAGAACCACCGACUCACAGGCUCUGCGAGCGGCUUGACACCACGGGCUGUCCGCGCCAACUGGCCCAACACCCGCCUCCGGGCCCGCACCACCGAUAUGCAUCGACACCGGUUCCGUCCUCCGGACACGCGCGUCCAGGCGGAUGCACACGAGGGUCGACGGAGCGCCCGUCUCGAAGCGGCGGCGACGGCGGAGGCGGAGGCGGAGGCGGAGGCGGAGGCGGAGGUUGUAGCUGAUGAAGGGCUCCUGGGCCGUUCGGAAUCGCUUCGCGGGCGUUUGGAGUUGGAGCUUGGAGAGUUGGAGGUCGGAAGGAAGGCGGAGGCGGGUGGGCUGCAGGCUGGGACGCGGUGGGCUGCAGCUUGGAUGGCACGGUGGUGGACGGUGCGGCAACGCCUGUGCUGCGUGGACGAGCGCGGAUCGUCCGAGAGCAGCGCCCGGCUCGUUCGAGAGUUGGCGACGCUCGUCGGCGGACUUGGGGAUGCCAAACUCGAUACGUCUUGCGAUUGUAUUGGGAACGGAGGUGGGGUGAACGUGGCAGCGCUUGAGUUUGGGCAUCAUCUCCCAUUUGAACCGGAGGAAAUCCUGUUACGGUAUUGA